GUAGGCUGCAAUCCCUGUUUAACAACUUAAUUGAUAUAAAUAUCGUACUUAAGAGAAGCUAAUCCAUUGUCAUUAACACUUCAAGUUCUGCUUUUCUGCUCUAACUAAGAUUUGGCUUAAAAUUAACCUCCCUGUCCCUGAAACAUCAGGGUUCUUUGUUGACCAAGCCACUUUAUAUGUAUAUCUUAUGUAAGUACUGCUACCUUUUUAAUACUUUCAAUCUAAAUGAUCAUAUUAAUCAAAAGGGUCAUUAGAUUCCUAGUCCAAACUGAACUUCUUCAUACAUACAUGCGUUUCAACCUUUUCCAGCGAACUUUUUGGAGACACAACUAGUUUCAUGUUCUUGUAUUUAUUUAUAAUAAUAAUAGUACUAUACUACUAAUACUAUAUCUGUAACUUGCUCCAUUGUAUUUAUUUAUGUAAUUUCAUUUAUAGUAAUUUCUAGUAAUAAUUGUUCAACACUACUUACUGGUUUGAUUGAUGACCAAGUUACUAAUUUCCACAAGUUUCUAUUUUUGUAAUAUGCUUACGUUAAUGAAUGGAUGGUAAUAAGCAUCAAGGUGGUGAAGUAAACAUGAUGGAGAAGAAAAGAGAAGUGGUGGUGGCAAUUUCAAAUGUGGGUGAACUAGAGAGCCAUGACCAAGAUCAUGAUCAUGGGUUGAAAGUGUUUGAAUCUUAUGAAAAAGAGCUUGCUUCAAAGUCAACACCUUUAAACUGUGCUUCUCCUGACAUAAGGUUCACCCCAAGCCCAAAUACACCCCCUCAAGUUCCUGCUACAAAUGAAAACCUUACCACGAGAAAAACUCUCCGAAGAUCUGUGUAUUCUAAACCCAAAUCAAGGUUUGUAGAACAAUCUUACCCUAUUGAUGAGACCCUUUUAGAAGAGAAUGUUACUUGUCCAAAUUCGCAAGAACAAUCAGCUGUUACUUCACCUUAUAGGAACUCUUAUUCACCUAGAACACCUUUAAGGGCAUCUCCAGGUUCUUCUUCCGGUGAAGAUCCUGACGAAGUCAUUUAUAGGAAAGUUGAAUUUAGUAAAUCCCAGCAUAAGAGACUAGCGACUAAGGUUUUGAUCGAAUUGUUCAUGUUUGUGUGCGUUGUGGGUGUCUUGUUGGCUAGCUUAACAAUUGAGGAACUGAAAAGGAUACAUAUUUGGAGUUUAGGGCUUUGGAGGUGGUGUAUGCUUGUGAUGGUGACAUUUUUUGGCUUGUUAGUUACCAAAUGGUUCAUGCACAUUGUUGUUUUCUUGAUUGAAAUGAACUUUUUGUUGAAGAAAAAGGUGCUUUAUUUUGUCCAUGGGUUGAAGCAAUGUGUCCAGGUUUUCAUUUGGAUCAGUUUGGUUCUCCUUACAUGGGUACUUUUUAUCAAUCACGAGGUCCAGCGAUCUAAAUUAGCCGCAAGGUUUUUGAAUGAUGUAACAUGGACUCUUGUUUCCCUUCUCAUUGGAGCAUUUUUGUGGGUUAUAAAGACAUUGUUGCUAAUGAUUUUGGCAUCAAAUUUCCAUGUCAAAUCUUUCUUUGAUCGAAUUCAAGAAUCGAUCUUUCAUCAAUAUGUUCUACAGAUGCUGUCUGGGCCUCCACUAAUGGAAGAGGCUGAGAAAAUCGGCAGAUCUCAAGGUGUUGGCCGUUUUAGUUUCGGGAGUACAACUGUUAAAGGUUGCACAAAGAAAGAGGUUAUUGAUAUGGCACAGCUUCACAACAUGAAGCAAGAGAAAGUCUCCGCGUGGACCAUGAAGAUUUUGGUAGACGCAGUGAUGAAUUCAAGGCUGUCCACAAUCUCUAAUUCACUUGAUGAAAGUUUUUAUGAUGUAAAAAAUGAACGGACUGGUAAAGAAAUUACUAAUGAGAUGGAAGCAACUGCUGCUGCCUAUUAUGUUUUCAAGAAUGUUGCUGCUUCCCCUUGUUGCAAGGACAUUGAUGAGAAUGAACUUCGUAGAUUCAUGAUUAAGGAUGAAGUUCCUUUUGUAUUUCCCCUACUGGCCCAGGCAGAUACAGGGCUAAUUACCAAAAAGUCUUUAGCAGAUUGGGUGUUAAAGGUUUAUCAAGAACGUAAAGCACUGGCGCAUGCCUUAUGCGACACAAAAACAGCUGUUAAACAAUUAAACAAGCUUGUGACAGGGGUGUUGGUAGUGGUGAGCAUAGUAGUGUGGCUUCUUCUAAUGGAGAUUGCAACAACAAAAGUACUUGUAUUCCUCUCAUCACAGCUAGUACUAGCGGGGUUCAUGUUUGGAAACACGUGCAAGAAUAUAUUUGAAGCCAUCAUCUUCGUCUUUGUAAUGCAUCCAUUCGAUGUUGGCGAUCGUUGUGUUGUAGAUGGUGUUGAGCUAUUGGUUGAAGAAAUGAAUAUAUUGACAACAGUAUUCUUGAAGCUUAAUAAUGAAAAGGUGUAUUAUCCAAACUCUGUCCUCGCCACUAAACCGAUUAGCAAUUAUUACAGAAGCCCAAAUAUGGCUGAAGGUAUAGAGUUCUCGGUUGAUUUUACGACACCAGCAGAGAAAAUUGGAGCAUUGAAAGAAAAAAUAACGAGGUACGCGGAGAGGAAUCCACAAUACUGGCAUCCUAAUUUCAGCUUGGUAGUAAUAGAGAUUGAAAAUGUAAAUAAGAUUAAGAUGGGUCUUUAUGUUACUCACACAAUGAACUUUCAAGAGUUUGGAGAGAAGGUGAAUAGGAAAAGUGAACUAGUGAUGGAAGUUAAAAGAAUAUUUGAAGAGCUCAAUAUCAGAUACAGCCUUCUUCCACAAGGUGUUCAUCUCAGACACAUAGAACCUGACACAAGUUCUCUCAAAUGAUGACUGCAUCGUAUGUGCUCCUUUUGUUUCUUUGGUUUGUCGAUUCAUGAGUUAUAGUAUGAGUGUUGAGACUGGUUCAAUAUAAAUAGAGUGAAAAUAAAGGCCUUAACAGAGAGUGUUGGCAAUACUUAUGUACCAACCUUGUAGUGGAACCAAUGUAAAAUUUCGUCCUAAGGUUGAACUUCUUCCCUUGAGUCUGUCUGUCUGUCUAUACACGUUGACUUUAUUAUCUGUUUUAUUUUUAGAGGUUGCAUGUGUAUUGAUCGAUAAAUGAUAAAAUAUAUAAGUUGUUCUGAGGUUAA